ACAAGUGAAUGGGAGGGAUAUAUAUAUAGCUUUUUGGUCACCUUAUAGGAAGUGAACAGGGUGGAGUAGAUGCCUCAUCGGGUGAAAGAGAUGCUUUGACAGGGAAUAAGAGGGAGUCAGGGUAUGAAAAGAAGUCGGAGCCAGGGAAAGAGAAAGAGAGGGGGAAUAAGGAGUCUGAGAAAAAUGAGCCAGGAAGUGAGAAAGAGAAGGGGAAUAAGGAGUCUGAGAAAAAUGAGCCAGGAAGUGAGAAAGAGAAGGGGAAUAAGGAGUCUGAGAAAAAUGAGCCAGGAAGUGAGAAAGAGAAGGGGAAUAAGGAGUCUGAGAAAAAUGAGCCAGGAAGUGAGAAAGAGAAGGGGAAUAAAGAGUCUGAGAAAAAUGAGUCAGGAAGUGAGAAAGAGAAGGGGAAUAAGGAGUCUGAGAAAAAUGGGCCAGGAAGUGAGAAAGAGAAGGGGAAUGAGGAGUCCGAGAAAAAGGAGUCAGGAAGUGAGAAGGAGAAGGGGAAUGAGGAAAGGCGUGGGAACGAAAAGAAGACUAAGAAUACAACUGGAGCCAGACAGGGGGAAAAGAGGAUUCAAGGAGGGGGCAAUAGUGAUGGGAAGUUCUCUAACGGUAGGAAAAGGAAAGACACUACUCUGAAAGAGACGGGAAGGGAUUCACCACAAAAAAACAGUAGUAAGAAAAAACUGGUAGGAAUGGACGUCUCUGAGGCUAUUGAUAAAGAUUCCGAGAUGAUGGAGACUCCUAGAACUCCUUUGACUCCAUCAAAGGAAUCAAGAGCCAGCAAAGAGUCCACGUAAAAGGUUGAAAACCUACUAUGAUGCAAGCUCUGAGGAAUCGGAUAAGGAGGAACAACAUCCACCUGCAAAGAAACAAGUGAGUAAAGUCUAGUGGACUGGGACCAGGAAUAUUCCACAACCCUAUCACCUCGGAAAUGGCAAAAUCGAAGGAAAAGGUCCGCAUGUUAGAGAGGUCACACGUGAGUUUAAAAAGAAAAGUUUCGGAACAAGCAGCUGAACUAAAUCACCCAAGACAGCUAACUUCACCCAAUAUUUCUUCAGCAUCAGAAGCCACCCCAGAUGGUCCUGCAUUUUCAUUUCUGCCACCUCGAGGUCCUUUUCGUAAGAGUCCGAUUUAUUCGUCUCCAACUCCUGCACCAAGAGAACAAGAUAUUCCACACUUUCUGAAAGGGGUGGAUCAAGUACGUCUUCAGAAUGCCAAGCUGCAGUCGGAUGCUGGUGGUGCAGCUCUGAAAUUGAUGGACUGUUUGUUCUCUACUGAACAAAUGGUGAAUGGGAAUCCUUCUGGUGUUACACGUUCUAAGGACGCAGCACGACAAAAGACAAUCAAGCGACUUGAUCCAGAGAAAAUGAGAUACAUUGAUAGUAUUCUACAAGAGAAAUGGGGUGUGACAACAAUGAACAAGGAGAUCAGGCGCAAAAUGACACAAAAAUGUACUGAUUACUUUUCAGAUAGUCGAUACAAGCAUUUGCAUCACUCUUUAUUCAAUUGUUUUUCAUGUGCAUGCUGCAUAAAUGUACGCUAUUAUAUUGCA